AUGGAGGAGAUGCCCUCUAAAAAGUCUGUACUUGAAAGAGAGAUGAUGGUUAAGCCAGUGAAGGAAGCAGAAAAGAAGGAUGAUAUACAAAAUCCAGAGAUGGACACAACACUACCACCAUAUUUCCCUCAAAGACUGCAGAAGCAGAAAGAUGAUGAAGUUCCUAAAUAUGCCAAGUAUCUUAGAGAAAUUGUGACUACCAAACGGAGACAUGCAACAUUUGAAACAGUUGCACUUACUGAGGAGUGCAGUGCUAUAGUGACGAGUAAGCUUCCUCCAAAGCUGAAGGAUCCGGAAUGUUUUACAAUACCCUUGGCCAUUAGGAAACAUGAGAUUGUUAGAGCCCUAUGUGAUUUAGGAGAAACUAUUAAUCUGAUGCCAUUUUCUGUUUUUAAGCAACUCGAAUUGGGAGCUCCUAGACCUACUACGAUCAUAUUAUAG